UUGAGCGGUUAGUAGCAUGACAGGAGGGCAGGAAAAGGUUACUUCACAUUUUAAAGACUGGCAAUAAUUACGGAAAUUCUUAUGAUUAAUUGCAAACAGAUAAUAAAUAUCUGACAAAGUUACAGUUCAUAUAGUGAACCCCAGACGAAAUCGAUGAAUUGACAGAAUCGACAUGAAUGCCCAAACAGGUACUGUUGCUUCAUGACUGUAAAUACAUGUGGAAACGACUGAUUUCUUAUUAACUGUCAAGAGAAGACAAUCGGUUCUAUGAGCCGAAUGAAAAAGGGCUCAGUUUUAAGUAAGUUUUGCCAGUAUUUGUUAAACUUUUUCAAGAAGUUGAUUAACUUUCUAAUGAUGCGACGACUUUUGACGAGAGUCAUAAACAGAGUUCUGCUAAGCGAUCCGUUUUCACCUGCGAUGAUAAUCGAAGCAGAAAUACACAAUCAAGGCCGCCGAAAGAUGGUGGUGGGGCUGGGUAAUCCGGGGAUGGAGGGUACCAGACACAGCGUUGGUAUGACAGUACUUGGUGCUCUCGCUGCCCGGCUCGGUGUGGCACACCGCUGGCGUGGCGACAAGUACGUGUCUGGUGAGGUCAUUUUGUCAGAAGUCCAGCAAACAAAUGUGGUGCUGCUUCGUCCCCGGCUGCUGAUGAAUGUCAAUGGAGUAUCAGUGGCCAAAGCAGCUGCCAAAUAUGGCGUCAAGGCUGAAGAUAUCCUGCUGGUCCACGAUGAACUGGACAAACCUCUGGGGAAAAUCGCCAUCAAACAUGGAGGAAGCGCCAGAGGUCAUAAUGGAGUCCGCUCCUGUGUGGACUGUCUUCAGACUGAUGUGAUGCCUAGACUUCGGAUCGGGAUUGGCCGGCCGACAGGGAAAACGUCUGUGGACCGUCAUGUUCUGGGCAGAUUCACCACAGAGGAACAGAAACUCCUGGAUUCUGUUUUGGUCCAGAGUGUGGACCUCCUCCUUUCCCAGCUUUCCCAGCAGGACUCACAACAGGACUCCCCGCUCCCCUCCUCACCAGCAGGGGGCAGACAAGCUGCACAGAAGAGGAACGAGAGGGCCCGCUCAGGCUCACCAGCUGAGGACUCUGCAGCAGCUCAGAGCUGAAGCUGAAACCUGAACUCUGUUAUCACACAUAGAACCCGCCUCAAAGAGAAAACAUGAACCACUUUAUCUGUAUUUAUUCACUUAAUGGUGAUGUUGUUACAUGAAAAGUCUCAGAGAACAAGAGGAGAACCGAGAAAUCUUGUUGUCUUCAGGUUUGUUCCCUACACGAUGAACCACUUUUCUUUAUUCACUUCGCUGAAAAGCUGGCAGUGAAGCCAGAAGCUUGGCUCAGUCUGUGGCAGAGGACAGUCUGAUGUCUGUGAGAUAUAAAAAUAAAUCGUUAUUAAACAAAAUAAAUUUGAUUAUCUGAUUUUCAUGCA